ACAGAAGAGAAGAAGAAAUUGAUCAGAGAUUUUGAUGAAAAGCAACAAGAAGCAAAUGAAACGCUGGCAGAGAUGGAAGAGGAACUACGUUAUGCACCCCUGUCUUUUCGUAACCCUAUGAUGUCUAAGCUUCGAAACUACCGGAAGGACCUUGCCAAACUCCACAGGGAAGUAAGAAGCACGCCUUUGACAGCCACACCCGGGGGCCGAGGAGACAUGAAAUAUGGCACAUACACUGUAGAGAAUGAGCAUUUGAAUCAGCUACAGUCUCAGAGGGUAUUGCUUUUGCAAGGCACUGACAGCCUGAACCGGGCCACCCAGAGUAUUGAGCGUUCUCAUCGGAUUGCCACAGAAACUGACCAGAUUGGCUCGGAAAUUAUAGAAGAGCUGGGGGAGCAACGUGACCAGUUGGAACGUACCAAAAGUAGACUCGUAAACACAAAUGAAAACUUGAGCAAAAGUCGAAAGAUUCUCCGGUCAAUGUCCAGAAAAGUGACAACCAACAAGCUGCUACUUUCCAUUGUCAUCUUACUGGAGUUAGCCAUCCUGGGAGGCCUGGUUUAUUACAAAUUCUUUCGCAAGCAUUGAACUUCCUGCACGGAAGGGUUUGUGGACCAGAACUUUGACCCUGAGAAUGAAUAGUGUUACAGAUGUGGAAUAAGUGUAUUGCUGCUGUGAGCUAACGGUUCAAGGAUGCACUGUGUAGCCAGACUGUGGGAAGAGGGAGGGAAGAUGGAAAACCAGUUAAUGUGAAGAAACAGCAACAAGACCAGUGUGAUAUACCAAGGUAAUAAAUGCUGUUUAUGACUUCUUUAAAUUUA